AUGGAGUCUUCUCCUGCUUCCUCUGCAGAGCUCGAUGUGUUUCUCAGUUUCAGAGGCUUUGACACACGCAACAACUUCACCGGUCAUCUCCAAAAAGCACUCCGCCUUAGAGGAAUUGACUCCUUCAUCGACGACAAACUCCGUCGAGGAGACGAUCUCACUGCGCUUUUCGACAGAAUCGAGCAAUCCAAGAUUGCAAUCAUCGUCUUCUCAAAGAACUACGGGAAUUCUGCUUGGUGCCUCCGCGAGCUUGUCAAGAUCCUCCAGUGUAGAGACAGAAACAAUCAGCUGGUGAUACCAAUCUUCUACAAAAUCGAAAAAUCAGAUUUGAAGAAAGUGCAGAGAAAGAUUUUUACCAACGUUACGGAAGACGAGAUCUCAUCGUGGGAAGCUGCACUGGCCACCGCAUCCAACAUCUCCGGCUAUGUAGUCAAUGAAACUAGCACGCCUGAGGCCAAACUUGUGGAUGAUAUUGCUAUUGACACGUUCAAGAAGCUGAAUGAUUUGGCUCCUAUUGGGAACGAAGGUCUAGUGGGAGUAGAAUGGCGUCUUGAGAUGCUUGAAAAGCUUUUAUCUUGCGACGAGUUGGAUUCUGUUCAAAUCAUAGGCAUUAUUGGAAUGGGUGGGAUUGGUAAAACUACUCUUGCUGAUUGCUUGUAUGGACGGAUGCGAGGUCAAUUCGACGGUAGUUGCUUCCUUACAAAUGUUUGUGAAAAUUCCAAACGAAACGGAUUAGAGUCAUUGCUGCAUAAACUCUUCUCUACACUGCUAAACGAUAGAGAUCUUGAGAUUGGACCUCCUGGAAAUGCACAUGAGAGAUUUGAGCGCCGACUUAAGAACAAGAAGCUGCUUAUUGUGCUUGAUGAUGUGAAUGAUGAAAAACAGAUAAAGUAUCUUAUGGGGCAUUGCAAAUGGUAUCAAGGAGGAAGUAGAAUUAUCAUAACUAGUAGAGACAGUAAAUUGAUCGAGACGAUCAAAGGCCGAAAAUAUUUACUCCCACCGUUGAAUUAUAGAGAAGCCUUGAAGCUCUUUAGCUUGAAUGCGUUUAAUGAUUCCUGCCCUUCGAAAGAGUUUGAGAGUUUGACAAAUAUGGUUCUUGAUUAUGCAAAAGGCCACCCUUUGGCUCUUAAGGUGUUAGGAUCUGAUCUUUGUGAGAGGGAUAAUCUGUAUUGGGAAGAUAAACUGGAUAGUCUGAGAAGUCGAUCACAUGGAGAUAUCUACGAGGUUCUUGAAACGAGCUAUGAGGAACUUAGCAUUGAACAGAAGAAUGUUUUUCUUGAUAUUGCAUGCUUCUUCAGAUCAGAGAAAGUGGAUUACGUGAAAUGUCUUCUCAACAGUCAUGGUGUGGAUGUUUCUAGCGUGAUAGAUGAUCUCAUUGACAAAUGUUUGAUUACUCUUUCUGAUGAUCGCAUCGAGAUGCAUGACAUGUUCCAAACGAUGGGAAAGGAAAUUAGCUUAAAAGCAGAAACCAUGGCAAUGAGAGACGUGAUGUGGCUAUCACGACAUGGCACACAAUGCCAAUCGUAUAUCAGACUAUGGGAUAGUGAAGAUAUUUGUGACAUGUUGACCAUAGGCAUGGGAGCUGACAAGGUACGAGGGAUUUUCCUAGACACAUCAAAACUAAGAGCAAUGCGUUUAAGUGCCAAAGCCUUUAAAGAGAUGCACAAUCUCAAAUACCUGAAAAUUUAUGAUUCUCGAUGUUCUCGUGGAUGUGUAGCCGAGCUUAAAGUAAACUUGAGGAAGGGACUUGAUUUUCUUCCUAAUGAGCUUACAUAUCUACACUGGCAUGGAUACCCACUACAAAGUAUCCCUCUGGAGUUUGAUCCCAAGAACCUUGUAGACCUUAAAUUGCCACAUAGUGAAUUAGAAGAAAUUUGGGAUGAUGACAAGGAUGCUGGAAUGCUCAAAUGGGUCGACCUCAGUCACUCGGUGAAUUUACGCAAUUGUUUGGGUUUGGCUAAGACUCCAAAUCUUGAAAGAUUAAGUCUAGAAGGAUGUACAAGUUUAAGAAAGUUGCCAUCAUCCUUGAAUUGUUUGGAGAAGCUUGUUUACCUCAAUCUAAGGGAAUGCACAAGCCUUAAGAGUCUUCCGAAAGAAGUCAAAUCUCAAUCUUUGCAAACUCUUAUUCUCAGUGGCUGCUCCAGCUUAAAGAAAUUCCCUCUGUUCCCAGAAAACGUUGAAGUUCUGCUUUUAGAUGGCAUUGCUAUAAAGAGCCUCCCCGAAUCCAUUGAAAGCUUUAAGAAACUUGCUUUGUUGAAUCUCAAGAACUGCAAAAAGCUGAAGCGUCUUUCUUCUGAUCUUUAUAAGCUGAAAUGUCUACAAGAGCUAAUACUCUCAGGCUGCUCGCAACUAGAGGUUUUUCCAGAGAUCAAAGAAAACAUGGAGUCUUUGGAGAUUUUACUCCUAGAUGAUACAUCUAUCACUGAGAUGCCAAACAUGAUGCAUUUGAGCAAUAUCAAGACAUUUUCGUUGUGUGGAACAAACAGUCAAGUUUCUGUUAGUAUGUUCUUCUUGCCACCUUCAUCAUCGGUCUGCUCUCGGUUAACGGAUCUUUACCUCUCAAGAUGCAAUCUCUACAAACUCCCAUAUAAUAGUGGUGGCCUGUCCUCAUUGCAGUCUUUAUGCUUAAGCGGAAACAACAUAGAGAAUUUGCCAGAGAGCUUCAGCCACCUUCACAAUCUCAAAUGGUUUGACUUGAAGUAUUGCAAAAUGCUCAAGUCUCUACCAGCCCUUCCACAAAAUCUGCAAUAUCUUGAUGCACACGAGUGUGAAUCACUUGAAACUUUGGCAAAUCCAUUGACGCCUUUGACGGUAGGAGAGAGGAUCCAUUCAAUGUUCAUCUUUAGUAAUUGUUACAAACUGAACCAAGACGCACAAGAGAGUCUCGUUGGUCAUGCUCGAAUCAAAAGUCAGUUGAUGGCUAAUGCAUCUGUAAAACGUUAUUAUCGGGGAUUCGUCCCACAGCCUCUGGUUGGAAUAUGUUACCCUGCGACUGAAAUACCGAGCUGGUUCCACCACCAAAGACUAGGAAGUUCCCUAGAAAUCCCACUACCUCCGCAUUGGUGUGACACUGAUUUUGUUGGACUUGCUUUAUCUGUAGUUGUCUCAUUCAAGGACUACAAAGACUGUACAAAACGUUUCUCGGUAAAGUGUUUUGGCAAAUUCGAGAACCAAGAUGGUUCCUUCACAAGAUUUGAUUUCACUCUGGCAGGCUGGAACGAACCGUGUGGAUCACUUAGUCAUGAACCAAGAAAGCUUACUUCUGACCAUGUUUUCAUGGGAUACAACAGUUGCUUCCAUGUCAAGAAACUCCAUGGAGAGAGUAACAGUUGUUGUUACACAACGGCUUCGUUCGAAUUCUAUGCAACAGAUGAUGAGACGAAGAAGAAGCUUGAGACUUGUGAGGUGAUAAAAUGUGGAAUGAGUUUAGUGUAUGUUCCUGAUGAUGAUGAUUGCAUGUUGUUGAAGAAGACAAAUCUGGUUCAGUUGAGUGUGAUGACCGAACCAAGUUGUUCCUAUAGUAUUGAUGAUGUCGUUGUCAUGGAUGAUGUAAGACCCAAGAGAGGACGAUGCCAAUUAGGUGGUGGUGGUGAAGAAGAAUCAGAUUGUAAAAGAACAAAGGAGGAGAAGAUUAUGGCGUGA